AUGACGGACUGUCUCGUUACAUUAUGCGGUGUGUCGGUAAUACUAUUUUUACUUUACUAUUAUCUUACAUCAAACUUCAACUACUGGAAAAAUCGUGGUGUAUCCGGACCCCGACCCGUGCCCAUCUUUGGCAACCUUCGGCAAAUGAUAAUGAAAAACUUGUUCUUGGGUGAAAUCUUAAAACAGAUGUACAAUGAAUACAAGCAUGAACCAGCGUUUGGAAUUUUUGUAAGACGAGCACCAAUUCUGAUUGUUAACGAUUUAGAUUUGAUUAAAGAUAUCCUGAUCAAGGAUUUCUCACUUUUCGCUGAUCGAGGAAUACAGCUAUAUCCCAAGGUGGAACCACUCUGCGAACACCUAUUCAAUUUAGAAGAGGAAAGAUGGCGGCUAUUGAGAACGAGGCUCUCGCCAGUAUUCACGUCUGGCAAAAUCAAAGAGAUGUUUCCCCUCGUGGCAGAAUGCGGGCAGCACUUGGAAAAGUAUUUAGAGAAACUGGUAUCGAAGGGUGACCCUGUCGAAUGUCGCGAAAUAGCUGCGAAAUACACUACCGAUGUGAUCGGCAGCUGCGCCUUUGGGAUCGACACGAAUUCCUUCUCCGACGAGGACAGCGAGUUUCGUAGCAUGGGUAGACAGGUCUUUCUCCCUACUACUAAAAGUUUUAUCAAAGACCUCUGCAAAAGCUUUUUUCCUAGUUUGUACAAAAUAGUGGGACGCCCACUUCAGAAACUUCACGUUACCAACUUCUUUACGAAUGUCGUCGUGGAUACGAUGAAUUACAGGGAACAGAAUAGUAUAAUUAGGCCUGAUUUCAUCAACAUGCUUAUGAAACUCAAGAAGGACCCGCGUAACUUGAAAAGUAUUGAGCUGACGGAUGAGUUACUCACGGCGCAGGCGUUCGUCUUCUUUGUAGCUGGCUUUGAAACUUCCUCGUCAACGAUAAGUCAUUCACUUUACGAACUAGCAUUAAACACUGAUAUACAGGAUAAAUUACGAAAGGAAAUCAGGGAGAACUUUGCGCAACACGGCGAAACUUUGACAUACGAACGAGUGAAACAGAUGAAGUACUUGGAUUCCGUGUUCAGAGAGACUCUUAGGAAGUACCCACUCCUGCCAAUAUUGAUGAGAAAAGUAUGUACAAAUUACACUUUUAAAGGAACAAAUAUUACUAUCCCAAAGAAUACGAAUAUAUGGAUACCUGUGUAUGGAAUUCACCGGGACCCUGAUAUUUAUCCGAAUCCUGAAGUGUUUGAUCCUGAAAGGUUUGUCGAAGACGCUGUUUCGGCCAGACAUCCUAUGAGUUAUUUACCUUUCGGCGAUGGACCUAGAAAUUGUAUCGGGGCCCGUUUCGGGGAUUAUCAGACCAAGGUUGGACUUAUUACGAUUCUUCGUAAGCACAGAGUCGAUGUAUGUGAAAAAACGAGGAUUCCGUAUGUGCCUGACAGCCAAUCGUUUGUGUUAACACUUAAAGGAGGAGUAGUAUUAAAAAUAACGAAAGUAGAAUAA